AUGGGUAAAUUUUCCUUUUUCCUUAAACAUAAUUUCGAUAUUAUAUUGCUUAUACGUUGUAUUAAUCACCAAAUUGAAACUCACGUUUUAAAGGAUUUAACCUUAUACAAAAAAUUGGAUGAAAAUGUUAAGGACCCAAGUAAUAUUACGACUGAAUGUGAAUCAUUAAGCAUUCCUUUGAAAUCGAUUAAUUCUAGUCUUUGUGACAAAAUUACAAAAAAUACACGAUAUAUAAAUGGUUUAACAAUUAUAAGAAAAAGUGAUGAAGAGUGCUUGAAUUACAAAUAUUGGGUUUAUUAUCAAAUUUGGAAGUUCCAUAAAUCUAAUAAGGAUACAAUAAAAUUAGAUGAUGUUAUUGAUGAUUUUUUGAAUAUACAAAAUGCCGUUAAUAAAGGGCCUGCUAAAAAAAUUUGUGAAUUUGAUUUUACUUCAAAAAAUAAAGGAGAAGAAUUGGAGGAAAAAUUAGAAAAGAAAAUUUUGCGUGAUUAUAUAAAGAAUUAUGGAAAUAUUAAAAAAGAUGUCACAAAUAAUGUUAAGAGUGACAUGUAUUUUAAGUACCUUACAUAUAUAAGUAAAAUAUUCGAUAUACAUAAAAAAAAAUGCGAAAAUUUUUGGGAUUUUUUUCCAAAGGGAUGUAAUGAAUAUUUUGUAAUAUCAACUAAUCCGUUUAAGCCUAAGGACCUCCUAGAUAUAUUACCAAAGCCUAAAGCUGAAGUAUCAGUUACUAAACCGGAAGGAUCAGCUGUAAAUGGACAUGCUCAAGUGCCAGGGGGACCUCCUGGUUCCGUUGCUGGACCUGUUGAAAAUUUAAAAGGUCCAAAAGUAGAUGAAAGUCAUGACGCAAAAUUAAAAAGUCCAAAAGUAGAUGAACGAACUGGACAGGAUACUUCUAAGGCAUUAGCAGGGCAAAAUGAAGCACCAGGUCAGCAACCCUCAAGAACAGCUGCAACUGUAGCGGGAGGAGAACGAGAAGAUCAUAAGGGGCCUGCUCAAGCAAGUAGAUCAACUUCCCUUUGGUCAGAUACGUUUAAUAUACUGGGUAAAGUAUUCAGUGGUUCAUCAAAAAGAGUAGACUCUUCAGUGGGAAAAGAACAAAAUCUCGCAGGUGCGUCCGCAACCCCUGGGAAAGAAAAACCUUUGGCAGAUCUUGAACCAAGUGCUAAAGCAGCUGGAGCUGCAAAAGUGAAACCAAAACCUGUUGAUUUACCCCCCAAACCUGCUGAAUCACCGCCCACACCUGCUAAAUCGGCUGCUGCAUCUUCUUAUGUGGCAUCUGUACUAGAUGCUAGAGUAUUAACUCCGGGAGAUAAAGUGGAUAUCUCUGAAGCAAAAGUAACAUGUCUAAAUGGAACCAUAGGUGAUUCUUCUACUUGCGCAAGCGCAUCAAAAGAAACCGAAGAUGCACAGUCAUUGGAAGUAUCAUAUCCUAGUAUUUCAAGUGAAACAUAUAGCUUAGGUGAACCUGUGAACAGCCUUCCUAUUAUGGAAGAAGAAAAUUAUAAUAUAUUUACCUCUAACCCAAAGCAUACUAUGAUUAUGGGAGCCAUAAUAUUUGGAGCAAUUUAUGUAUUUUACCUCUACUAUAAUGUAAACACAAUUUUUAUUUGCAAAUAUGGGAAAUAUAUGUUAUUACAUAGCUCUAUGUAUGUGCUUUUUAAAUGUAUAACUAUAAAAAAAGUUUUCAUAAAUAUGUUUCGCGUUUCAUUUGUUUAUUAG